CACGAUGUAAAUGUUUUUAUUAGUUUAUUAUCAUCCAACCAUGCAGAAGGAAUUAGAUAUGACGCAAUUUAAUACGAUAUCAUGCAAUAUAGUAGAGAAAGAGAGAAAGAAUUGAUGUUUAGAGGAGGUAAAGAGUUAUAUUCCUUGAUUGUAUUUGUUUGCCUACAGCAGCGCCACUGCGUUUCCCUCAACCACAAUGGUCAGCUAAAAUUAUCAUCGAAGACUCCUCCACCUCCACUUUUAUUACAAGAUAUAUAUCACUUGUAUCAGAAAGCGACGUACUUAUGGAUACAGUUCACCUGACUGCAACAUCUAUUCACCGUUUAUACACGAAUCAACGUCUUGAUUACCGAUUUAUUAGGAGCAGGUAAUCGACAGACACGAUGAAGAAUCUGGAGGAUUUCUUCGCAUCGUCUUGUCACCUAAGUGACAACAAAGCUCAAGUAUCUUUAAAUAGUUCCUUACCACCAGAGGUCGAAGAAGGCAAUAUCGAGUACAAGUUGAAAUUAGUUGAUCCAUCACCUUCAAGGUUUGAACACCUGGUGACGCAAAUGAAAUGGCGGCUUCAAGAAGGAGAAGGAGAAGCUAUAUACGAGAUAGGUGUAGAAGACAGUGGAAUUUUGGCUGGUUUACCAAAAUUAGAACUUGAAGCUUCUCUGAAUACUUUGAGGAAGAUGGCCAAAAAACUUGGUGCUACUAUUACCAUCUUGAGAGAACGAGCUGUUGAUACAGAUUCCAGAAAAGCUCUACAGAUUCUUGUACGAAAGGUUCCUGAUGAUCAACAGUUCAUUGACUUACGCCUCGCAGUUCUUGGUAAUGUUGAUGCUGGCAAAAGUACAUUACUUGGAGUCCUAACUCAAGGAGAACUCGACAAUGGUCAAGGACGUGCUCGAUUAAAUUUAUUCAGGCAUUUACAUGAAAUUCAAUCUGGUCGCACCUCAAGCAUCAGUCAUGAUAUCCUGGGAUUCAAUAAUAUGGGCCAGGUUGUUAAUUACAAAGAAGCCAGAACAGUUGAAGAAAUCUGUGAAAACUCAACAAAACUAAUUACUCUGAUUGAUCUUGCUGGACACCAAAAAUAUUUGAAGACAACUAUUUUUGGUUUAACUGGUUAUUGUCCUGACUGUGCAAUGCUUGUGGUCAGUGCAAAUACUGGAAUGGCUGGUACAACCAAAGAACAUUUGGGUUUUGCCCGUGCCCUUGACGUACCAGUUUUUGUAGUGGUCAGUAAGAUUGAUAUGUGUCCUGAAUCUCUUAUUGAAAAAACCAUUCAACAACUGGAAAAAAUCCUCAAAUCUCCCAGCUGCAACAAAGUACCAUUCCGAGUGAGCAGUGAAGAUGAUGCCAUUACUGCUGCAACUAAUUUUGAUUCUCAAAGCAUAAUACCGAUAUUUUCAGUUUCCAGUGUCACUGGCAAACACUUAGAUCUACUCACCACAUUUUUGAAUGUUGUUCCACCACUACGAAAUUUGAAAGAAAGAGAGAAGUGUGUUCAAGAUAUAACCGAAUUUCAGGUUGAUGAACUCUUCACUGUCCCAGGUGUUGGAACUGUUGUGGGUGGCAAUUUAAAACGUGGCUCUAUCCGGGAAGGUGACUCUCUCAUGCUUGGACCUAUGUCGGAUGGAGAAUUUCAUCAUGUUACUGUGAAAACAGUUCAUCGAAAUCGUCUUCCUUGUCGCCUAAUUCAAGCUGGACAGUCAGCUACUGUGGCUCUGUAUAAUAUUGAACGUGAAUCUCUUCGCAAGGGAAUGGUUUUAGUGAGCCCAGAAUCAUCUCCUUUUGCUUGUAUUGAAUUUGAUGCAAAUAUCUACGUUUUAUUUCAUGCUAAACACAUAUCGACUGGCUUCCAAACAACAAUACAUGUUGGUAAUGUCAGGCAAACGGUGAAAAUUGUCAGAAUGGAUAAAGAAGCUAUUAAGACAAAUGAAAAGGCUCAAGUGACAUUUCAUCUGAUAAAACAACCGGAAUAUAUUCGAAUAGGUGCUCAGCUUCUUUUUCGAGAAGGUCAGACCAAAGGAAUGGGCGAAGUAAUAACUGUUUAUCCAUUCAAUGAGAAAACUCCCCACAGAUGAACAAAAAAAAAAAAAUAC